AAGCUUCGACAAAUGGGCAGCAAGAUUCGGGGAAUUGCUACUUGCCCUACCUCCUGGGAACAGCUCGAGCGCAAGUUGACUGUGCGACAAAGGGAGGCCUUCGUCAAGCUUUGCCGCUGUAUCGACAAUCGUUUUCUAGGUUCCAGUGAGGGCGCCGAAUUAAGCCCCAGCCCGGCACCUACGAAGAGGCUGCGCGCUGAUGCUGAUGCUUCACAGGCUCCUAUGAAGAGGCCGUGUGCUGAUGCUCCUGCUGAUGCUUCUCCGGAACAUACGAAGGAACCCAUGCAGGACAUGGAGUCCUCACCAAAUUUGUUCAUGAAGGUCGACUUCUUUAGUUUGUUCCUGGACAGUACUGGUGGCUUCUUGGAUUUGGCAGAUGCGAAGGCCGCCAAGGCAGCGAAUGCCGCCAUGAGAUGUGGGCAACCCUCUUGUUCAGGGAGCAACGCUCAAACUGCAACAAGCCAGGAGAAGGUCAAGACGAGCAAGAACCGCAAGCAAGUCAGUGGGGAGAAGACAUGGUGGCAGGCGCUUGGGCAGCAACAGUCACCCUUGCGCAGUUACUACUUGCAGGACCAGAAGAAGGGCCUCAAAAUGGAUGCUAAGUGCUUCGCGUCUCGAGUCUACCACAAGGUAGACUCUUUGUGCAGCCGCAGUUUGGCGCAAUCAGCGCAUCGAGAUGCAUUGAAAUUCCUGAGCGAGCUGUAG